AUGGAGGGCAGCUGGAGAGAUGUCCUGGCUGUGCUGGUCAUCCUGGCUCAGCUGACAGCUUCCGGAUCCAGUUAUCAGAUCAUAGAAGGUCCUCAGAAUGUAACCGUCCAAAAGGGCUCAGAGGCUCACUUCAACUGCACUGUAACUCACGGCUGGAAGCUUAUCAUGUGGUCUCUCAAUGGUAUCGUGGUGCUGAGUCUCACCUCCCACGAACCCAUCAUCACCAACGACCGCUUCACCUCUGCCAGUUACAACAGGACUGACAGCUUCGUCUCUGAGAUGAUCAUCCAUGAUGUACAGCCUAGUGACUCGGGACUCGUGCAGUGCAGCCUGCAGAACAGCAAUGUGUUUGGAUCUGCCUUCCUCUCAGUGCAAGGAAGCUCCGCCCUGCAGUGCAUUCUGGGUGAUCAUGAGGUGCUGGUGGUUGGCUGCAGGUCACUGAAAUCUGCAAACAUGAGGACGAACAAAGCGGAUCCUGAGACAAGGUUAAAAAGUGGAAAGGAAAACUAUGGGUACAGUUCGGACGAAGCAAGGGCUGCACAGAUUGCCUCUCUCCCUCCUAAAUUUGGUGAAGUCAGCCUUCCAGAAAAACACAGCAGAAGCCUUCCUUAUCAGGAACCCAGUAAACAUCGGCCCAGCCCAGUGACUCAUCCACGGGUUUCCUUUGACAUCUCCAGUCCUCAGAAGGUCAGAAAUGUGACUUUAGUAUAAUGAAGACUUCUCAUGGCUGUACUUGGUGCACACCCACCAAGUCAAUGCCAUUCUCUUCCGUAUCCUGAGACUGGGUCUCAGCUUUGCCAAAGAGGCUGCAUCGGAGUCACUGGAGCUGAUGUUUUACAGUGACGGGAGGAAUCAGUUUUCCUGUAUUCCAAGAAGAAUUUGAUUUUGAGAUGUGUCAUGGUUUUGAUGAAUUCCUUAAGGUGGCCAAGUAAAACCUGAGAGUCUGUCAUGGUGACAUUCCUCAUGAGUUGACACUCCUGCUAAUCCAACGAAGGGCAGAUAUAGAUCCUGCUACAACCUUCAAAAUGCUUUUGUUGUCUGAGAUCAUGGUAAUAUGGUCUUUAUGUGUGUUUCACGGCUAGGCACAUUACUGAGCAUUAUUACAGAACCAAGAGCCCAACGACCAGAAUCAACUGUGUCUUGUAAGUAACUGGCAACUGGAGCUCAGGGAGGCAAUGUCUGUGUGCAUGUCCUGACGCUCUCCAGAAGACAGUCAGUCAUUCCCAUUGCUCCAUACCCUAGUCACCACGGUUUUGGGUGAAUUAGAUGUGGAUUCUACCUGAUAAUGGACAAAGCUCACUUUCUGCCAGCGUCAUGAA